AUGCGAGGAGGAAAGUUGAUGAUUUCCAACACCAGGAAAAGUGACGCUGGCAUGUAUGUGUGUGUUGGAACCAACAUGGUGGGGGAGAAAGACAGUGACCCUGCUGAGCUGGUGGUGUUCGAGAGGCCAGUGUUCAUUAAGCAGCCGGUGAACCAGGUUGUGUUGGCGGAGGACACGGUGGACUUCUUCUGCGAGGUGCACGGAGACCCCACUCCCACUGUCCGCUGGCGGAGGGAGGAGGGGGAGUUGCCCCGGGGCAGGUUUCAGAUCCGCAGCGACAACAGUCUGCAUCUGACCCAGGUGCGAGGCGAGGACGAGGGCACGUACACCUGCGUGUCUGAGAACAGCGUGGGCAAGGCCGAGGCGUCCGGCAGCCUGCAAGUGCACGUCGGCCCAUCCUUGCCCCCUCAGAUUGUGGUUCGGCCCCGGGACCAGAUCACAGCUCCAGGUCGCACCGUAACCUUCCUCUGCGGCACCAAAGGAAACCCUCCGCCAGCCGUGUUCUGGCAGAAAGAAGGCAGCCAGAUCUUGCUGUUCCCCAUCCAGGAGCCGUCUCAGUCCGGGCGUUUCUCCGUGUCUCUGAGCGGAGAGCUCACCCUCAGCAACGUGCAGGUGGAAGACUCCGGAUAUUACAUCUGCCAGGCCAUCAGCGUGGCCGGCAGCAUCCUGACCAAAGCCCUGCUGGAGGUGGAGAGUGCCCCUUCAGACCGGGUCCCCCCCAUCAUCCGCCAGGGACCGGCUAACCACACCUUAGCUCCCGGCUCCUCCGCCCAACUGCACUGCCACAUCAUGGGCAACCCCAUGCCCAGCAUCCAAUGGGAGAAAGACGGCCAGAGGAUCCUGGGUAACGACGGGCGCAUCAGCCUGAUGGAGAACGGCACCUUCCAAAUCACAAACCUGCAGGAAACGGACUCUGGGGUGUACACCUGCCUGGCUUCCAGCUCCAGUGGAGAGACGAGUUGGAGUGGAGUGCUCACUGUCAAAG